AUGGGCGUUAAGCACGUUAGCCGCCCUAUGUAUGGAACUCAAUGGCACCCUGAAAGCGUGUGUUCAAAACAUGGUCAACAAAUCAUCGACAAUUUCCGGGAUAGAGUACUUGAGUUUUGGUCUGGCAAUCCUUCCCUAGGUGAUGGGAUCAUGCAUAAAGCAUCCAGCGACGGUCUAUUACCCGAUUCCAUUCUGAGUAAGAGUGCAAUCAUCCGAGAGGCGCAAGGCAUUUUCAACCCAGAUCAAGGACUUUCGAAUUCAAGUUCAAAGGAUAGGGAGUGUCCCUAUUAUAUCCAGGACACCAGCCUCGGAAAGGGGGCUGCACCACAGACUGUUUUUGAUACCAUUAUACGAAACACUUCCCUAGACGGCGAGGCUUGGCUAGAUAGCGCGAGGGUCCGUGACGCGCACUCAAGAAACUCGUACUUGGGAGUCGGUGCAUUCACACUAUCCUACUCGUCACAAUCCGGAAGGCUAUCUGUUUCUCAGCAGGGGAAACAAGUCAAGUCUGAGAAACUUACAACCUCCUACUGGUCAUGGCUCGACCAGUUCCAACAGUCCACCAUCCAGCAAAAUGUUGAACCAGUACAGCCAAAUCAGCUUAGGGAGGAAACAGAAGUCGGGCAACCCCUACUUCAGGUUGGAUUGAUCGGCUACUUCGGCUACGAGAUGAAGCGUGAAUCAUUGCCUGGCUAUAAAUACUCAAAGCUAGCUAAGGAAGAAGAUUCACGUGCUAUUCCGGACUGCCAGCAUAUCUUUACCAAUCUUGUUUUAAGGCUUGAUAACUACACAGGGGAGUGGAUGGCAUUUGGUUUGAUUCGCCGCGGAGAUGAGGAUCCGGUUGGAAUAUUUAUCAACGCGCAUUCGCCCAUUGGUCUUACUGAAGCCGAGUUUGAGUUGUUCCUCUCGCAUAUACGCGAUCUAUUCGCUUCGCCUCCUUCACCACCAUAUACACAUCCAACACCAUUACCUAGCUUUGAAGCCAUUGACGACGAAGAUUCAUAUGGCCGGAAGAUCCAUGCCGCGCAACAAGCCAUAAAGGAAGGUGAAACAUACGAAGUAACCUUAACAACCAGAUUCAGAGCCAAAAUGACUGACGUGGACCCUUAUUCUCUAUACCUAUCACUUCGAAGCCGCAACCCUGCGCCUUACUCUGCAUUUAUAAAUUUUCCAGUUAGCAAUACCGCUAUACUCUCCUCGUCCCCUGAACGGUUUAUAUCUGUUGAUGGGGAAGGUGUUGCAGAAAUGAAGCCCAUUAAAGGUACUCUGGCUGUUAGCCCUGAUAAGGAGGAAGAUGAAAGGAGAAAGGUCCAGCUUGCAACCGAUGUAAAGGAGCUGGCCGAAAAUUUAAUGAUUGUUGACCUUAUUCGUUCCGACCUUCAUAACAUAUCCCCUUCUAAAUCUAUACAGGUUCCAAAGCUACUUGAAGUUGAAAGCUAUGAGACUGUACAUCAACUUGUUACCACUAUUCAAUCGCACAUUGCCAAAAACGUUGGCGGCGUCAAAGUUAUCGAACGAUGUUUCCCACCUGGAUCCAUGACAGGUGCGCCCAAACUUCGAUCCGUCAAAAUAAUCGACGUUCUUGAAGAGGAACCAGAACGUGGAAUAUAUUCCGGCUGUAUAGGUUACAUGUGCGCCAGUGGGACAGUUGAUCAAUCCGUUGUUAUACGGACUGUAAUCAAAAAUGAUGAUAACCUCGAACUCGGUGCAGGAGGCGCUAUCACCUGGCUGAGUGAACCUGAUAAAGAGUGGGAUGAGGUUAUGGUCAAAGCCAACGCUGUUGCUACUGCACUUCCGCGACAGGGGCGCUCCUCUGAAGUUGGUGUAAAUGCUUGA